UUCCUCGACGAAAAAAGUUUUCUUUUUGAAAACAAAUUGGUUCCCUUCUCUUUUCUAACAAAUAUAUUUUUAUCGCAUUAUUGUAAGUCAAAAGGUGCACAAGUUAGGCACAGUUAUGCAAAUGAGGAACCCCAUUUUUUGACACAUCCGUUUUCCAUUGUGCUUUUUUGGAUAUUCUAAAGAAAACUUGCAAAACGCAACAUACGUAUAUGCAUGUGGUACAAAACCACGUGCGCAAUACGAGAGGAGUUGCUGUAGGCACCUUGAACAGGUUCUUAGUGGUUAUCGAGAACGGGAAACAUGCUGACGCAUUUAUUCGAAAUUCACGGCCGGUUUUGCGCUGGUCAUCCUUUGGAAGUAAUCGUGACGACCUUCACACUUACGGCAUGCAUCCUAAACAUGGAGACCGGAAGCGGUCAUCCACGCGAUGGAGCCCUUCCUUUAUCAAUGCAUUGUCGAUCGGGCCGAUGUAAUUCGGAUGACCUAAACGUAGCUGAUAUUAUAGUGAUGACUAUAAUACGAUGUCUAGCAAUACUAUUUACCUACCAUCAGUUUUGCAAUCUACAAAGAUUGGGUUCAAAAUAUAUCUUGGGUAUCGCUGGCCUAUUUACCGUGUUUUCCAGUGUUGUGUUCACAUCCAGCGUAGUGAAUUUUGGACGUAGCGAUGUUUCUGAUUUGAAGGAUGCAUUGUUCUUCUUCUUGCUUAUUAUUGACCUUUCAAAGGCUGCUAUACUAGCACAAUUGGCUCUAAGUUCCAGAAAUCAAGAAGAAGUACGGGCAAAUAUCGCUCGUGGCAUGUCUCUCCUAGGGCCAACUAUUACGUUAGAUACUUUAGUGGAAACGCUACUUAUUAGUAUAGGUUCCUUAUCAGGUGUUAGAAGAUUAGAGAUUCUAUGCAGCUUCGCCUGUUUUGGCGUUGUUGUCAAUUAUAUUGUUUUUAUGACAUUUUAUCCUGCGUGCUUGUCACUCAUCCUCGAGCUUUCGCGUGGAACGAAUAGCAUGAAACCAUUAAGUGCUGAUAAGAUUUUUACGAUGCAUGCAUUAAACGAGGAGGAUCAGAAACCAAAUCCUGUAGUGGAACGUGUUAAAUUGAUUAUGAUCGCCGGUCUAUUUGUGGUACACGCUAACAGUCGUUGGCCUUUCAAAAGCGAUGAGAACGAGAGCACGGUGAGCAGUAAAAUAGCUUCCGCGAAUCCACAUGUCAUAGUGAAUUCUUAUAACAAAUCAGAGAAUCCAUCGGAAGUUAAAGAGUAUUUAAUGAAUUGGCUGUCAGUUAGUGCAGAUAAUAUUGUGAUAUUGAUUCUUCUCCUCGCGCUUGCAAUUAAAUUUAUUUUCUUCGAAGACAAAGGAGAUAUCGCUAAACAAUUACGGUUCAGAGUAGACGACAAUACAGAAGAAAAAGUUGAAGGUGAACAUAUAAAAGAGAAAAAGAUUGACAGUGAAUGUUUUAAAGAAAAAGAGAAUGAAAGUGAAGAUAUGAACAGUUGCAAGAUGCAGUCCAGGCAAGAUAUUAUUAAAAUGCAUACUAUAUGUCUUCCAUCCAAGAUACGUGAUUGGAUCGAUGACAAGGAACUACAAAUAGAUGAAAAGCAAUUAAGUGUAGAUACAAGAAAUGAAGAAAAGCAAGCCAAUGUUCGUAGGUCUUUGGAGGAAUGUCUUGAACUAUACAAAUCGGAACUUGGAGCGAGUGCACUGACGGACGAGGAAGUAAUUGAAUUAGUGAAGAAUAAGCACAUAGCUACUUAUCAAUUAGAGAAAGCUGUUGGGGACAUGGAACGGGGUGUUGGCAUAAGGCGUCUUAUAGUUGGAGAAGCUGGAAAGUUUCUUGAUAAUCUUUGUGACUUACCCUAUAGGGAAUACGAUUACAGUAAAGUAUUGGGGUCCUGUUGCGAAAAUGUUAUAGGAUAUGUGCCGGUACCAGUUGGAAUCGCCGGUCCGCUAUUAGUGGACGGUGAAUUUUACCACGUACCGAUGGCAACGACAGAAGGAUGUUUAGUAGCAUCUACAAAUCGUGGCAGUAGAGCAUUACUGAAGUGUGGUGUGACAAGUCGUGUCGUAGCUGACGGAAUGACUAGAGGUCCCGUCGUGCGGUUUCCAAAUAUUGUCAGAGCAAGCGAAGCUAUGGCAUGGAUGCAAGAGCCUGACAAUUUUAAAGAAAUGAAGGAGAGCUUUGACUUAACUAGCAGAUUUGCAAGAUUAACAAAGAUUCAUAUACGCAUUGCUGGGAGACAUUUAUUUAUUCGUUUCGUUGCUACUACUGGUGAUGCUAUGGGGAUGAAUAUGCUGUCUAAAGGCACUGAAAAAGCCUUACACGGUGUGAGGAGUCAUUUCCCUGAUAUGGAAAUAUUAUCGUUGAGUGGUAACUUUUGUGCCGAUAAAAAGCCAGCAGCAGUAAAUUGGAUUCACGGUAGAGGUAAAAGUGUUGUUUGUGAAGCAGUGGUACCAGCAGAUAUUGUUACUAAUGUGUUAAAAACAUCGGUUCAUGCAUUGGUCGAUGUGAACAUAAGUAAAAAUAUGAUUGGAUCAGCUGUAGCUGGCAGUGUAGGUGGUUUCAAUGCACACGCUGCAAAUAUCGUCACUGCAAUUUUUAUAGCUACGGGCCAAGAUCCUGCGCAAAAUGUUGGAAGCAGUAAUUGCAUGACUCUAAUGGAACCAUGGGGUGCGGAUGGUUCAGAUUUGUAUGUAUCUUGUACAAUGCCUAGUAUAGAAAUCGGUACCAUCGGAGGUGGAACAGGUCUUCCUGCACAAGGUGCAUGUUUAGCUAUGCUGGGUGUUAAGGGUGCCCAUGCUGAUCUGCCUGGUGAGAAUGCCAGCAGAUUAGCUAGAAUAGUAUGCGCUACGGUGCUUGCCGGUGAAUUAUCAUUAAUGGCUGCUCUUACAGCUGGUCAUUUAGUUAAAAGUCAUCUCAGGCACAAUAGAUCAUCUACUACUGUAACGAAUGCAAUGAAUGUUUCUCAAACUAAUACAGGAGACAAACUGUCGGUGCCAAAUGUGCUACAGUCUGUACAAAACGUUUGUAAAGAGUUCACAGAAAAGUGUUAGCUUUGAUUAUACAUAAACGAGUUCGCUUCUGUUUUUUGUGUGGAACGUUCUACUUUGUCAUUGCUUGAGGAAUUGCAAUACUUGGAGGAAAUAGUACUGUUUUAUGUACAUGAAAGAUUAAAACUGAAACAGAAGCAACUACAGUGAAAACUGGCUUUAACAAUCUGGACUAAAAUUUAGUUCAGGAAAUAAAUUAGAUGCAACGUUCGAGUAAUCUACGAAUUUGAAUUAUGUAUAUCGGGAGGAGAGUAUAGAAUUUUAAAUGUAAGGGUACGUGUAUACUUAAUUUGCAAUGCAAUAUGCGGUAAACGAUGAUUAUAUAAAAUUAAUAUGGUGCAAAGGUUAUUUUUUGCAUACACAGUCAUAUUUUUGCAUAGUGCAAUAUUAAUUCCUAAUUGUAAGUAAAAAACUUAGUUAGAGCGCCAUAAUGUAACAGCAAAGAAUUUAAAACUGUACAUUAUGUAUUAUAUUAGGUACAAUCAAUCAAGUUUUUUCCGCAAUUAAAAAAUUAUUUAAAAAGCA